AUGUUGUACACUUGUACUGUUCUACAGAGAAGGUUGCAACGGAGAACGAGGAAUCACUUUAGCGAGAGAGAAAGAGAGAAAGAGAGAAAGAGAGAAAGAGAGAUAAUUAUUAAUGAUUAUUUAUUUGCUUUCGUUGCUACAAAAGAUGGAUGAUGCGGUAAUCCCCACCAGGCGUACAGUAGUAGUAAACCGAGGAAUUCUCUCUCUCUCUCUCUCAAAUAGAGAGAGUUCAGUUCCCUGUCCCAGCGAUCUGAUUCCCUUCAUCCUUUUUGUUCUCUCUCUCUCUCUCUUAAACCCUAGGAGGCUUUGGAGUAUGUGAUCUUGUUGAAUGGCUCUUGGCACCGCAAUUUCCUCUACCGGCUUUGUUUUCUCAUAAAUCUUCCUCGGUUGGAGAAUGGGAGGCGUUUGGAAUAUGCAUUUGUCACUUCUACGUGGAUUCCAAGCAAUGGGAAUUUCACGGAGAUGUCCCGUUUUCUUUCAUUGGAAGCUGCUUCUCCUUGCUUUCUCUGGUUUCAGGCAUGGGACUUAAAGUAUUGUCUAAUAGAUCUUGGCUUAACUUGGUGAUAGCAUACGAUACAAGAUCUGGUCUGAGGGUGACAGUUUCUUUCUUGUAUUUUCACAAGGAUAGGAUGUUGAUGGGAGGUGAUUUUAAUUUAAAUUCUGGGCAACAUUAUACUGAUUCCCUUAUGGAAGUUAUGAAGCAGACAAUGCUCCAUCAUGAUGCUAUAUUCAGGAACCAGGUUUAUGAACUGCAUCGCAUAUACAGGAUUCAGAAGACCUUGAUGAAGGACCUCAGCUGGAAGGAAUUCGAAAAAUAUACUUCAUGGACAGAAAACAAGAAAUCAAUUCCCUUACCAUUUCAAGACCCACAAGAAAAAAAAAUAUUAGCGGGGGAGAGAAUCUCUUCUGGACCAUUAAUGGUAAAGCAGGUAGGGUCAACAUCAACUGCCAACUGGACUUUUCUGGAGAACUGCCAAGACUCUUACUCUAUACUACGGCAGAAGCGUCUCAACCUUCAACUUCCUGCGGAUGAGUAUAUUUGUAGUGCAGAAGCUGAAACUCCUGAGAAUGGAAAUUUAGGGCCCACUGUCAAUGGAUCUAGUGGAAUGAAGGAAUUUUUUCGUGCUUGCUGUGUUCCAGAACCAGAGGAAGUGAAACUCUCUCUUAGUACUGGAGUGGGGGAAACUGAGAAGGGAUGUUCUAGCAGAUCUUGGCACAAUAAGGAGGCUUGUUUGUCUACCUUAUAUUUUAUUGAUUCUGAAGAUUCCAUUGAAAGGAAAUCCAAUGAGGAUGUGAAACCCAUUUCUUCCCUCACUUCUGAAGCUCCAACAACAUCUGUUGGAUACAAACAUGGGGUACAAGGUCCUUUCCUAUAUGGUCCGCACUUUUCAGGAGGAUUGAAAGAGGAUAUAAGUCACAGGCCUUUCAUUAAUAAUCAUUCCCUCGCAAAUCCGAAUGGAAUCAAUCAAGAAAAUAAAUCACGCUGUUCAUAUACUGGAUUAAAUGAAUGCCAUUCUUCCGUCCGAUAUAUCAAUCUGUUCACCUCAGACCGACAAACCUCUUGUGAGACAACACACAUUGACCUUAACAGAGUUAAGCUUGAUGAGUCAUCUUCUUUCUCAGGUGAUCCUUUGCUUAGCUUUCCUUCUCUGACACGAAGUUCACCAACUGUUGUCCACGGACUCGCUAAUGAAUCCAGUAAAGAGACUCAGAGUGUCACACCUGGGAGGAAAACUGAUGACAUCUUUUCAGAUGAAGCUUCUAUUGUGCUUCAACAAGAUAAGUUUGUGUAUUCCGCUCUGAUGGAUUCAAAGAGUGAAUUUAGUGGCGCACAAGCUUGUGAUGUGAGCACAAAGUGUAGAGAAAAUGCUGGAAAUAAAGUGGAGGUUAUAGAUCUCGAGCAUGUGCCUGGAGAUCUGGAGGAGCGCUGUGAAGACUUCAGCAACCAAGAUAUUAAGAUUAGUAAAGAAGACAGAGACUUCUCACUGGGAGUACAAAAUGGUUUUUUGUACAAGGGUUAUCAAGAGGGUACUUCGGAUGUAACUCCCAUAUCUAAUGUGGAAAGUAAUAAGCUAUGCACAUCUAUAGGGUGUACUGAUUCACCCCAAGCAGUAGAUGAUGCAGAAGUCAGGCAAAUAAACUUCGAGAGAAGUGAAGAAGAUACGGUGUCUUCAGGUAUGUUUAGAAGUCAUGCUGAGGUUCAAGUUGAAAAUUGUAAAUCAUCUGAUGCUACAAGCAAGACCAAUUACUGGACUGGCAAUAAUUCUUGCUGUGUGAAAGAUCUGCGGUCUAGGACGGUAGGUGAAGGAGAAUCAGAAAAUUCAAAAUCUUCUGCCUUUGAUGAAUCUGGAGCUACUCAGUUGGGAUCUCGGAUCACUGAAACCCAGACUUAUGAAGAUAAAGGAGAACUGGAUAAUUCAAAAUUCUCUGCCUUUGAGGAAUCUAGAGUAACUCUGUUAGGAUCCGAGAUCACAGAAACCCACUCUGCUGAACAGGACCCCUUGGUGGAAAUUCGGGUUUAUACUUGUGCUUGUACGGAGGUGAGGUCUUCUGAUGGAAACAAAACAAAGCAAUGUCAUGGUCAGCAGCAUAAUAUAGAAAAGGAAAUGGAUAUUUUGGUCCAGAAAGCAGCGGAGUCUCUUGUUCAUAUUUCUUUGGACAAGUCAUUUUGUCCACGAGACUGCUUUGGUGAAGAAUUGAAUGCAUUGGAGGAGAAGGAAAUGAGUGAGCAGCCCCAGUAUUCUUCUGAUUCUUUUGAGUCGAUCACAUUAAGGCUACCAGAGUGCAGUGUGGAUGACUACUCAGUAUCAUCAAUGCCGGUUGUUGAAGUAAAGGAGGCAGAUAAAGGGUGUGGAUGGAAGUUGAAAAGGGGAAGCAGGCUCAAAGAUUUCCAGAAAGACAUACUGCCUGGUCUUGUAUCUCUUUCUAGGCAUGAAAUUUGUGAAGAUAUAAACGUUAUUGGGGCAGUCUUGAGAUCAAGAGAGUAUAGGAGAAACAGAUCCAGAAACACCGGUGAUGAAAAUUGGUGUGUACCUGUGAAAGGCAGGCGGUCAAAACUCAAUUACAUUGGUCGAAGAAACUAUUACUGAAAGUCUGGAGUAGGUAUCUACAUUGGCAUAGAAAUGGAGCAUCGAUGGUUUAUGAAUCACUGUAUCUUUGCGCAAAUAAUCCGUAGUUGCUUUAGUAGGAAGUAUUCUAAUUAUUCCAAUUUAAGGGUUUGUCAGCAGGUGUUUGUUUGGUUUUGGAAUUUGUUUUCCUCCAUCUCUCACCCAAUUGGAAAGUUGGCAGAGAUUGACUGAUGAUUGGUAUAUUAAUUUGCACAGGGCUUUUUCUACUCUAA